AGAGUCACCAUGAUCCCCAGCGCGGGCCCCCGGAGCUGCUGCCUGCUCCUGCUGCUCUGCCUCCUCCCCUGCCCGCGGGUCCGGGCGGGCAGGGACAGCCCCGCAGUCUCCGCAGCCUCCUUCCUGCAGGAUCUGCUCCAGCGCUACGGGGAGAGCCAGACCUUGAGCCUGAAGCAGCUCAAGGCCCUCCUGAACCGCCUGGAUGUGGGAGUGGGACACGCCAAUGUCUCCCAAACACCUCAGCAGCGCCUCAACCUCUCCCGGUGCUUCAGCUCCGUGGAGCUUUUUGCCAUCCACAACCUGAGCGAGGGCUCCCCUGUGGGGCACAGCGAGUUCAAGGAGUUCUGCCCCACCAUCCUGCAGCAGCUGGAGUCGGGGGCCUGCGCCUCCGAAAACCUGGAAAAUGAGGAGAAUGAGCAGACAGAGGAGAGCAGGCCCAGCUCAGCUGAAGUCUGGGGUUACGGUUUCCUCUGCGUCUCCGUCAUCUCCCUGUGCUCGCUGGUGGGAGCCAGCGUGGUGCCCUUCAUGAAGAAGACCUUUUACAAGCGGCUGCUCCUCUACUUCAUAGCUCUGGCGAUUGGAACUCUCUACUCCAACGCCCUCUUCCAGCUCAUUCCCGAGGCAUUUGGAUUCAACCCUCAGGAAGAUUAUUAUGUUUCCAAAUCUGCUGUGGUGUUUGGGGGCUUCUACCUCUUCUUCUUCACUGAGAAGAUCCUGAAGAUGCUCCUGAAGCAGAAGGACCAGCACCACCACGGGCACAGCCACUACGGCCCCGAGGCUCUGCCCUCCAAGAAGGACCGGGAGGAGGGGGUCACAGAGAAGCUGCAGAAUGGGGACCUGGACCACAUGAUCCCACACAUCACCAGUGACCUGGAGUGCAAGCCCCCCUCCGGGGAUGAGAAGGCUGUGGUGGGCUCCCUCUCUGUCCAGGACCUGCAGGCCUCCCAGAGCGCGUGCUACUGGCUGAAGGAGGUGAGGUAUUCGGACAUCGGGACGCUGGCCUGGAUGAUCACCCUCAGUGAUGGCCUCCACAACUUCAUUGAUGGCCUGGCCAUCGGUGCCUCCUUCACCGUGUCCGUGUUCCAGGGGAUCAGCACCUCCGUGGCCAUACUCUGUGAGGAGUUCCCACACGAGCUGGGGGACUUUGUGAUCCUGCUGAAUGCUGGCAUGACCAUUCGCCAGGCACUCUUCUUCAACUUCAUCUCUGCCUGCUGCUGCUACGUGGGCCUGGCCUUUGGCAUCGUGGCCGGCAGCCACUUCUCUGCCAACUGGAUCUUUGCUCUGGCUGGAGGGAUGUUCCUGUACAUAGCACUGGCUGACAUGUUCCCUGAGAUGAACGAGGUGAGCCGGGAGGACGAGCAGAACGGCAGCGCCCUGAUCACCUUCGCCAUCCAGAAUGCAGGGCUGCUCACAGGCUUCACCAUCAUGGUGCUGCUCACCAUGUACUCGGGACAGAUCCAGAUAGGGUAGGACCAGCCUGAGCUGCAGCCCUGAUCCAAUUUUUCACUGGGGUUUUUUUGUGGGGAAGGUUUUUUUCCUUUUUUUUUUUUUUUUUUUGUUUUUUUCUUUCCUGCUGCAAACAUACGACGGUACCUGUGCGGGCACUGACGUCACACUACAGGAGAGACAUUGCUUUGAAAGCUGUUCCAUGGAUUUUUUUUUUUUUUCUGGUUUAAGGUUGAGGAGAGUGGAAUUCCCCUUCUCAUAGGACUGACCUGACUUUUUCCAGUGUCAUAUUCCUUCUCUCCUCACCUCUCCCAGGAAGGAUGGAAUCGGGAGACAGGAGCUGCUCCAGCCAUGCUGCUCCUCUCAUUGUGCUCGGAGCAUUCCCAUGGGACAUGAUGCUGUCCUGACCCCUCUGGGUCAGGGGACAGAUGGGGACAGACCCUUCCCAGAGCAUUCCCCACCAGCCAGCCCUCAGAGCUGUGCUCUCCGAGGAUGAGGAGGUUCACAAUGGCACCAUCAUCCAACUGCUUCUGUUCCCUUUCAGCCUGGACAGUGCCCUGGCAAGAGCGGGGUGAAGAGGGCAGGGGUUUUAAAGCACAUUUUGGGUGUCAGUGCUCAGAGCAGAGGACACUAAACUGGGUUGGAGUGACACUUGGGCUGCUGGGAGAAGCCUGCCAGAAUGCCCUGACCCUCCUUCAGUCCAUGCUGUGGGAAUUGGGA